AUGCGUUUCCGACCCGUUGGAAGCGAGCAAGGACCACCGGAGACCAUUGGAAGCAGCUCCGAGGAGUCGGAGGGGGAGCAGCCGACAUUCAAGAUGCCCAAGGAAUCGCGCAAAGAGAAGGAAGAUAAGAAACGAAAGCACCACCAGACAGAUGGGGAAGGUAGCCAGCCCAGUGCUGAGCCGCGGAAGAAAUUCAGGAAAGAGGAUGGAGUGGAGAAGGCCGAGAAGUCGAAGAAGUCGAGUAAGAGCAAGGAAGAGAAGAAGCGCAAGAAAUCCGAAAAUGCCUUUCCGGAUCGCUUGAAAGACGAUCAUGAUGCCCAAGUUGACUAUACCGCACCACCUCGUGGAGCCGGCUCCCGAGACGGUCAGCUGCCGUAUAUGCACCAGUCCAUAUUUUCAAUGAUUGCUGCCGUCGGCUCCAAAUCUGAUUUCCAUGCACGGUUUGAUGAAUCGAGUGAUAGCGAGGGAGAGGCGGAGGGACAAACCCAGAAGCAACCUGGAAAAGCUUCAUUGUCGAAUAAGAAGAAAUUCCCCCUAUCGCCUACUCUCAAGCCUCAAAGUACCUUGGAAGGAAGAGGGCGUCGCCAUCGAAGGUCAAUAUCUGACAACAAACUACUGCGAUCUUUGAAGCCAAGUCCUAAGAGUAGUAAAGGUACAGAAACAACUGUACAAACUGAGCCUCCGACGAGUGAUGAAAUGUCUCCGCUUGCUUCUCCUAGGCGCGCACGCAGUGCCACUCCUCGCGCGGCUCCCAUCCUCAGUCGUAUGCUUGAAGCGGAGGCUCUUUUGGACAAAAAGCAAUCAGCAGAUCAACCUUCAUCAUCUACCAAGGGGGAGACUGAUGGCACAUCUGAACAGUCUUGUGCAUCUCCGCUUUCUCUCCGACUGAAGGAGAUGUUUGGGUUUGAAAUGCCAGAAAAAGUACUUAUGGAAUAUGCUUGCUCCCUAUUACAAAACAUUCUUCUUCAAGGGUACAUGUACGUCACGGAGGGGCAUAUAUGCUUCUACGCAUACCUGCCCAGAAAGUCUGCGGUUACUAUAAGGUCGGGAUAUCUUCAUAAACGAGGCCGGAAGAAUCCAAAGUACAACCGGUACUGGUUUUCACUGAAAGGGGACGUUCUAUCGUAUUAUACGGAUCCGUCCAGUCUUUAUUUUCCUAGUGGCCAUGUUGAUCUCCGAUAUGGAAUUUCUGCUUCUUUGACCGAGCAAAAGGACAAAGAUAAGGAAGUACGAGAUUUCCAAGUCACUACAGAUCAGCGAACAUAUUAUUUCAGAGCGGAUAGCUCUGCUAGCGCGAAAGAAUGGGUCAAAGCCUUGCAAAAGGUUAUCUUCCGAGCUCACAAUGAGGGUGACAGUGUCAAGAUUUCCUUCCCCAUUGAGAGCAUAAUAGAUAUUGAGGAGAGCCCUAUUACCGACCUUGCUGAGACAUUCAAAAUCCGGGUGGUUGAGAGCGAUGAAUCAUAUGCCAUUGAUGAGUAUUACUUUUCAUUCUUCGAAUCUGGCCGGGACGCAUAUAAUUUUGUGAAAGGGUUGAUCAGUGAGGGCCCGAUGAAAACGUCCCAGCUUUUACCACCUCCAUCCGAGCAAACAAGCCCCGCAACUCGCGCCCGUGGGCCCCGGAACAGAUGGUCGUUGAAUAGUGAUUUGAGUCAAUCUCGAGGGAAUGGAAUUUUCAAAACGCAACGGAAACGGAGUGCAAGCACCGGCCAAACUAACUCUGGCCCCGAUGGAAUCGGAAUGUCUCCCCGACAGCGGGAUUUGUCGGACUCCUUUGUUAACUCUUUCGAGCAAGCAACAGACGCUUCAGCAGUUCUGCAGUCGAUGAUUGAUACGACGGAAUCUGCCAGCCAGAUCUUAAAUCGAAGUGAUGUUUUUCAAUCCCCUACAAUCCACACCUUGCGACAACGGCAUCCCAGUGGAGACAGAACAGGCCGUCGGCUUUCAGACGGAACGGCACGGUCAACGCAUCCCAAUGCUGCCGAUGCGAACAGAAAUGGGCAGGAAAUGCAGUAUGCUAGCAGUGAUUCCGACCAGGGCACACAGCACCCAUCUAAGGUGAACUCAUCUGCGCCAACCUUGAAUGAACUGGUCAAAGCUGGUGCUUAUCCCCUUCAGCGCGCCGCCGGAUUCGCGGAGUAUCUGAGAAGCCGGUCGAGGCAAAUGAGUAAUCUUUUGGCAAGCGAAUCAAUGGGUUACAUUGAGAAAGUCUCCGGGAUGUGGGCCGGUGGCCGCAGACAUUAUGGAGAAACCGAAGGCGUGCUACCAGAUGAUCAGGAUGUUGAUCCUGAAGACAAGGAAGAUGGUGUUAAACAUGGAGAUCGUUUUCGUGCCCAUUUCGCCCUGCCGUCAACCGAAAGGCUGCAAGCCACAUAUUACGCAUAUCUGCAUCGUGUUCUCCCGCUUUAUGGGAAAAUAUAUAUUAGUCAGAAAAAGCUUUGCUUUCGUAGUCUCAUUCCGGGAACACGCACCAAGCUGAUAUUACCACUCAAAGACAUUGAAAAUGUCGAGAAAGAGAAGGGCUUUCGCUUCGGCUACCAGGGGCUAGUCAUCAUCAUUCGUGGACAUGAAGAGUUGUUCUUCGAAUUCAAUACGGCAGACGCUCGAGAUGAUUGUGCUGUCACAGUACACCAAAGCCUCGAGUCUAUGAGGUUCUUGGUAGAGUCUGGCCUGCUAGCAGAACAGGAAAAAGACGAGAUCGAAUCGGCUCAGGCAGAGCAUCGCAUGCUACAGGAAGCCAGGUUAGAUGGAGCUGGCGAGCACGACUCUCAUGCAUCUGUGAAUGAGUCAUCGGAGCUUCAUCCUAUUUUUGAUGACCCUCGUGCUUCGAUUAUCAACUUCAAGCCCUCCGAGUCAUUGCGCAUCACAUGCCUUACCAUCGGCUCGCGGGGUGACGUGCAGCCCUAUAUUGCCCUGUGUAAAGGAUUGUUAGCAGAAGGCCAUAAGCCUAAAAUUGCAACCCAUGCAGAGUUCGAACCAUGGGUGAGGCAGCAUGGUAUUGACUUUGCCCCAGUUGAUGGUGAUCCUGCAGAGCUCAUGAGAAUAUGCGUUGAGAAUGGAAUGUUUACAUAUUCAUUCUUGAAAGAGGCGUCUACUAAGUUUCGAGGAUGGAUUGACGACCUUCUAUCCUCGGCAUGGGCUAGUUGUCAGGACAGUGAUCUUCUUAUUGAAUCUCCCAGUGCAAUGGCUGGCAUUCAUAUCGCUGAGGCACUCAGAAUACCCUAUUUCCGUGCCUUUACGAUGCCGUGGUCUAGAACAAGAGCAUACCCGCAUGCCUUCGCUGUCCCGGAGAAUAAGAUGGGCGGUGCCUACAACUACAUCACAUAUGUUAUGUUCGACACUGUCUUCUGGAAAGCCAUUGCGGGACAGGUGAAUCGUUGGAGAAAGAAGCAGCUCGGACUAAAGGCGACCACUCUCGAUAAGAUGCAGCCGAACAAGGUUCCCUUCCUUUAUAACUAUUCUCCUUCUGUGGUGGCCCCUCCAUUGGACUAUCCGGACUGGAUACGUAUAACAGGAUAUUGGUUCUUAAGUGAGGGGGGCAAUUGGACUCCUCCAACAGACCUGCUAGACUUCAUCCACCGUGCCCGCAGUGAUGGCAAAAAGAUUGUCUAUAUUGGGUUCGGGUCUAUCGUCGUGUCUGACCCCUCGGCUCUGACACGAACUGUGGUGGAAUCCGUCCUAAAGGCCGACGUCCGUUGUAUCCUGUCGAAGGGAUGGUCAGAUCGACUUGGAGAUCCUGCCAGUGCCAAGGUCGAGAUUCCCUUACCGCCGGAGAUCUUCCAAAUUCAAGCAGCGCCACAUGAUUGGCUUUUUUCCCAGAUCGACGCAGCGGCACACCAUGGUGGUGCUGGAACUACCGGAGCGAGCCUUCGGGCAGGUGUUCCUACCAUCGUUAAGCCGUUCUUUGGUGACCAGUUCUUCUUUGGCACACGCGUCGAAGAUUUGGGCGUGGGUAUCUGUAUGAAGAAGUUGAACGUAAGCGUGUUUUCGCGGGCUCUGUGGGAGGCUACUCAUAGCGAGAGAAUGAUCGUGAAAGCCCGAGAGCUAGGUGCACAGAUACGGAGCGAAAACGGGGUGGAUACGGCUAUUCAGGCAAUAUAUCGUGACCUUGAGUACGCCAAAACACUGGCUCGACAGCGCUCGAUUGUCUCGUCCACUCCAUUCUCCCCAACACCAUCGGCUAAGACCACGGCCGAGCAGGAAGAGGAUGACGUGGAUGACAGUGAGGAGUGGACGUUCGUCGGUGACGACACAGAAAUCGAUGUUUCGAGACGGCUGCGCGACCGAGCAGUAUCUGAUGCUGAUAUGCUACCCGAACCAGUGACAAGCGCAUCUUAG